ACUUCUCUUCCUUUCUAUUCCAAUUUCCAACCAAAAGCCAUGCUACAAGAAGUUGCUAUGGUCAAGGGCAAGCGGAGCAAGCGGCCACGCUCGGCCUCCCCGCUCGCCUUAACCAUCGCCAGCACCUCCUCCACCAGCGCUGUUAUAAGCGACGCAUCGCCUUCUCACUCCAGCGGGAUCGCAUUAGCACACGACGAGGAGGAGGAAGAUAUGGCCAAUUGCCUAAUCCUCUUAGCUGAAGGCAGAUUAUCAUCACAACCACCACCACAACCACCCGCGUCCACAGAAGUUUACCAAUGCAAAACGUGUAGCAAGUGUUUCCCAUCCUUCCAAGCAUUGGGUGGCCACAGAGCCAGUCACAAGAAGCCGAAUAAGCCAACAAGCCUAGAAGAAAAGAAGCCAUUGAGUGAUGAAGACACAAAUCUCUCACUGCAAAUUUCAAAUAGACCGGCGUCGUCCGGCAGCCCCAGGGUCCACGAGUGCUCCAUAUGCGGCGCAGAAUUCGGGUCAGGGCAGGCGCUGGGCGGACACAUGCGCCGGCACAGGCCGAUUCCGGGGGUGAAGAAGGCGAGGAAUCUGUUGUCGUUAGACCUCAAUCUUCCAGCACCGGAAGACGAUCAACCGGAAUCUAAGUUUCCUUUUUCGGCAAAGGAACAAGUCAUAGUCUUUGCUGCUUCGCCGUUAAUUGAUUGCCAUUAUUAACUGGCAGAUUACAGAUUUAA